AAAUGCAAAAUGCUAUUUUUGUCAUUUUAGUUUUUGAGAUCUUUUCUGUGAUAAAAACUUAAAAUAUAAAUUUGGACACAUAUACAUGAGAAAUAUCAUAAUUACGUAUCAACCACUUUACCGUACGGUGAACUGUUCUUUUUUCUUUUUUUUUGAAACACGAACUGUUCUUUUUUCAAUAAACCAAUUUAACCCCUACCGAUGUAUGAGCCUAGGAGAUAUCAGCUAGAUACGUUGUCAGGAGUUGGUACCUUCUCUUAUCCUUCAGCAAGCUUGCUAAGAUAUUUUUGGAGAAACGAGACUUAUUUUGGGUUUGCCAUCAAAUUUACAUUUCUCCCUCACUUUGUCUUUUUUCUUUUCAAUUAAGAAGAAAAAAGUUCAGAGAGAAACAAGGUCGUAGUUUUGAAAUUUUUGUAAAUAGUUGUGAUAAAAUUUUAUGAGAUUAUGGAAGAGAUGCAGCUUUCCCAGUGCAUGUUCGCAACAGGUGAAGAACUCAUAGGUGAAAGAAUAAACACAUAUCACAAAUCCAAAAGAAUCAAAUCUAUUCUUGAAGCUUUUGAACCUAUAGGUGGAAAAACCCAUCAAAUCCGGUUAUAUUUUGCAUGAAUCCAGGGGAGUCCCGUGACUCUGAUCUAGAAUGUCAGGUAUUGCCUAUGAACUGUUAAAACGUGGUUCAUGAUUCCAUUUUCCACCUUAAAGAUUGAUAGGUGCAUUAUAGAAACCAUGGCUGAUAACUCAUAUAUAUAGCCGUACAUUUGGGAGGUAACGUGUUUUUGAUAAAUUACAUGCUAAACUAUAUGUUAGCGGUUAGAUAUAUCUUUUGUGAUAUCCUAUAAUAGACAUUGCUCAAUGAUGUAUUCCCUAAACCACUCGUUAAUUGGUUUUAUUAACCUCUAAGCUUUGCUAGUAGAUUUUUGCAUCAGAUGUAUGAGGCUAUUUUAUAUAUUGAAGUACUAGGCAAUGAUAAAAAUGACUAUCACUUUCUCACUUACAAAUAUACAUAUUAUCUUAGGUCCAAGUGAUUGAAGAUGUAAGAUGUCUGCCCUGAAGUAGUCGCUGACGUAGUUGCUGAAGCAGACGUCGUAGUGAGUGGUGAAGACCAUGUGGAGUCAAGGUGCUGAGCUGGAGUCGUGUAGACUUGGAGAGCAAGAGAGUAUCUUGGAGAUAUGGAAAGAGGAAUAAACUUGAGGAGCAAGUUUAUGACUUAAAGAAAGAUGAAUAAGUGCAUUCCAAGAAAAGGAAAGUUGCACUUAUUGAUAUGGAAGAUGUCCAUACAUGUUGCCUUGGAGACUAGGAUUUCGGGAACGUGGAGAAUAACUAUAAGAUAGCUAUGAGGUCGUCUGUAUAGAGACAGAGACACGGAGAAUGAUCUUAUAGAGAGAGAGAAGCUCUUGGAGGUGUUCUUGGGUCGUGCUGAAGCAGUGGCUAAAGUACUUGACGGAGAAGAGACAUAAGCGGGUAGCUUAGGAAUCUUUCAGUAGCGUGUGUUAGGGUGUUAACACUAGACAUGUAAAAGCUGAAUAAGCAAGUCUUGUAAAGAUUGUUUAAAGGAGAUUCUAAUAAAAGCAUUGGUGUUUGCUUGUGUAUUUGUCUCUUGAUUUAUCUUCUGCAUUACCUAUUGUUGUGUCAUCUUGCACUAACAAGUGGUAUCAGAAGCGGGUCACCUAAGUUACUGGUGUGAUCCUGAAGGUGAAGAUGGACACGAUUAUCUCUGUGCAGAAGGCGAUCGUGUUGAAUGCGGACCCGUAUGGUCAUUGGAAGGCUCGCAUGAAGCAGAUGAUUCGAGGAAUCAAUGAAGAUGCGUGGACAGCUGUGGAGAUUGGUUGGGAGGAGCCUACCAUAGUCACAUGAGGUGAGAAGAAGCCUAAGCCAAAAGAGGAUUGGUCAGAGGCAGAACGCAAUGCAUCAAAAUUUAAUGCAAAGGCGUUGUCAGUGAUUUUUGGAGCUGUUGAAGCAGAGCAGUUUCAGCUGAUUCAGGGGAGUACUUCGGCUAAAGAGGCGUAGGAGAUCCUGCUGAAUUCGUUUGAAGGAGAUGAGAGUGUUAAGAGGACACGUCUAGAUCAUCUUGGAUCGCAGUUUGAGAAUCUCAGGUGGUCUGAUAAUGAUUAUGUGGCGAGCUUUAGUGCCAAACUCAGUGGUAUGGCGCAUGAAGCAUUUGUACUUGGGAAGAAGUACAAGGAGAAGAAGCUGGUAAAGAAGUUACUACGUUGUCUUCCAACAAAAUUUGAAGCUCACAAGGUGGUCUUGCAGAUGACUACAAACACGGAUGAGCUCAAGUUUGACAAACUUGUGGGUAUGCUAAAGGCACAAGAGAUGGAGAAAGACAGUAGUUCAGUCUCUACGUCAGGUGGUGCAUCAAGGAGUAUAGCUCUUGCUGCUGACAAAGAUGGAGAUAGAUCUCUGAAUGUUGAAGAUGCCAUGGGGAUCGGAUGUUGGCUAGGAAUCUGAGUAAGAUGAUGAAUUCCUCUGGUGGGUGGAAUCAGUAUGGUCGCCAGGGAGGUGAUCGUGGCAAUAGCAGAAGAAGAGAACGUCUUAGAUGCUAUGAGUGUGAAGGUGUUGGUCAUAUAAGGGCUGACUGUCAUGUAGCACAACAGAGAGAACUUAAGUGUUCUGAGUGUAGAGGUGUUGGACACACACGGCGUGAAUGUCCAAACUCAAAGAAGGAGAAAGGAGUUCCAUUGCAGUCGUCUGAUGAUUCAGAGUCUGAAGAAGAUGGAAAGGUGAUAAAGAACCUUGUUGCAUUUGGUGCACGCAAGGAGGGAUCUAUUAAGUCCUCUGAUUCAGAUCUCAGCACAGAUGAUGAGGAGUAUCAUGUGCUGCUUAACAAGUGGUUGAGGGUCGAGGAUCAGAAUCUGAGAUUGGAGGAUAUGGCUCAGAAGCAUAACGAGUUUCUUGAAGAACUUCGUGAAGAACUUGCGACUGUGAAUGAGAAGAAUGAGUCUCUUGAGCAGGAAAAUAACAAUCUAAGGAAAGUUGCUAUUGGUGAACAAGAGAGAGCAAGGAUGCUGGAACGUGAUUUGGCUGACAAUCACAAACAGAUCAGGAUGCUCAACAGUGGAUCCAAGGAGUUGGAUAAGAUACUCUCGAUGGGUCAACCAGCCAAGGCGAAUUGGGGACUGGGAUAUCGAGGAGCUGAGAGUACUAAGGAAGUACAACAGAAGGGGCUAUCACAUUUCGUGCAUGGGAGCACAUCAAAAAGUGGAGCCAAAGGAGCUUGUCAGGAAGUACGUCGGGACAUACGACAGAGAGUAAGGCAGGAAGUUCUACAGCGCGUAGCUGUGAGUAACAAGCCAAAAGUAGUACAUCAGUGCAACAACAUGAAGGUCAGACAGGAGGUUCUGAAGCAUGGUUGUGCAACUGGUACAAGGAAAGAGACUGAUCGGUGCAUCAGCAACUGUGUCAGGCCAAGAAAAAAGCAACAUCGGAUGUGCUGUUGGUUCUGUGGGAAGGUUGGACACAAGAAGGUGGAGUAUUUUGCUCGUAAGAAGAGCAGAAACAUGGCCAAGAAGGUGAACAAGACGUUCACUAAGCCCAUGAGGGUUGAAGAGGUGUCCUUAGCCAAGAAUGGCUUACUUGAUGAGAUCAAGGAUGAGACAUCAGAAGAUGGAUGCAGCUCUGGUAGGAGUGAUCUUGAGGUUGAUCAAGAAGCAUCAAGUCUGGAGCCAGGACAUGAGGUUGUUUGUGGCACAAAGGGGAAGGAGAUCGAAGUGCGUCAGGAAGUGGUGCGAGAUGAUCUUCAGGGGUGUGAUAGUGACGAGUGCAGAGGGCACUCGGUGCGGAUGGGGAAUGGCUCAUGGUUAAGGAGAUGACACAUGAAGGUAUCCAGGUCCUCAACAGAAGUGGGUCGAGAGGUAGCUCGACAGGUGCGUCAGAUCGUGAUGCAGUACUUGUUAUUCCGCUGCAGCAGGGGCUGUGUCAUGAUUAUACAUAAAGAAACAGACGGUAUGUCUGUAAGGCUUGACAUCUAAGCAUCUGUUUUAGCUUAGUAUGCAAUCAAGCAGGGGGAGAAUGAUGUGGUUCUGGUACAGAGAAUGCAUAUCUCAUGGGGGAGAAAAGCAUGGCGUGGUGCACAUCUCGUGGGGGAGAAAAGCACAUUUGGUAUGAAAGUUUCCAGGUGAGGAACAUGGUUGCAACGUGGUUGCUGAACCAGAAGAGUGUUGUGCUUGAUCGGUACACAAAGCUAAAAGGGGGAGAUUGAAGAUGUAAGAUGUCUGCCCUGAAGUAGUCGCUGACGUAGUUGCUGAAGCAGACGUCGUAGUGAGUGGUGAAGAACAUGUGGAGUCAAGGUGCUGAGCUGGAGUCGUGUAGACUUGGAGAGCAAGAGAGUAUCUUGGAGAUUUGGAAAGAGGAAUAAACUUGAGGAGCAAGUUUAUGACUUAAAGAAAGAGGAAUAAGUGCAUUCCAAGAAAAGGAAAGUUGCACUUAUUGAUAUGGAAGAUGUCCAUACAUGUUGCCUUGGAGACUAGGGUUUCGGGAACGUGGAGAAUAACUAUAAGAUAGCUAUGAGGUCGUAUGUAUAGAGACAGAGACACGGAGGCUGAUCUUAUAGAGAGAGAGAAGCUCUUGGAGGUGUUCUUGGGUAGUGCUGAAGCAGUGGCUGAAGUACUUGACGGAGAAGAGACAUAAGCGGGUAGCUUAGGAAUCUUUCAGUAGCGUGUGUUAGGGUGUUAACACUAGACGUGUAAAAGCUGAAUAAGCAAGUCUUAUAAAGAUUGUUUAAAGGAGAUUCUAAUAAAAGCAUUGGUGUUUGCUUGUGCAUUUGUCUAUUGAUUUAUCUUCUGGAUUACCUAUUGUUGUGUCAUCUUGCACUAACAGUGAUGUCCAUAUAUUAGACGACCAGACGGGGCUGGCGGUUCCGAUGGGACAGCGAACUGGAGGAUGAACUCGUUGAUGACAUGGUUAAACUUGUUAGUGAAGACCACAUUUUCUAGAAAGAGAUGUUUGUUUCAAGUUAUCCCAGCAACAGCUCCAAACCUUUCCUAGUUUCACGGGCAAAAGGAAUUCCAGAAAACGAAAGCCAAACAGACUUAGCGGUGUUCUCAUCCAGGCUCACACACUCAGCGGUGUUGAUCGUUGCAAGACAAUUGCACCCAAUCAUUUGCCGUCAGCAAAACAGCUAGGAACCAUGUUUUUUUCAAGAUGUUGAUACCCAUUAAAGAACAUAUGCUUCACCCCAAAAUAAUUUGUUUUUGUUUACAAUUUUUUCUUGUAUUCCUAAACUAUUUUCGUUUCAGAUAUUAGUAUUUUCCAUUUUGAUU